AUGAGUCAGGAGGAAUUUAACUCAGCUGCGGUUCCCCUCUGUGCAGAAGAUGUGCAGGGAGAUGAUCGUUGGAAAUCACUGCACAGUCGGUUUGUCUCAGACUGCAAGGACAAGGAGCCAGAUGUUCUGUUUGUGGGGGACUCCAUGGUACAGCUUCUACAGCAAUAUGAGAUCUGGAAGGAACUGUUCUCACCACUCCAUGCACUCAACUUUGGCAUUGGUGGAGAUACCACACGGCAUAUUUUGUGGAGGUUGGAGAACGGAGAAUUGGAAAACAUUAAACCCAAGGUGAUUGUCCUAUGGGUGGGGACCAACAAUCAUGAGCACACAGCUGAGGAGGUGGUUGGUGGGAUUGAAGCUAUCGUACAGCUCAUUAAUACACAGCAGCCUCAGGCUAAAGUGGUGGUUUUGAGUCUGCUGCCUCGUGGAGAGAAGCCCAACCCACUGCGGGAGAAGAACACACAGGUCAACACGUUGCUGAAGAGAUCCCUGGUGAAGUUCUCCAAAAUGCAGUUCUUGAAUGUUGAUAUUGACUUUGUGCAUUCAGAUGGCACCAUCUCUCACCAUGACAUGUUUGAUUAUUUGCACCUCACCCAGAUGGGCUAUGCCAAAGUCUGCAAACCUGUCUACGAACUGCUUGUUCAGCUGCUGGAGGAGACUCCUGAGGAGAAGCAAAUCAUACUGUCAUGA